AUGUCUCUCGAAACACAUUUUCACAUUUCAAGCGAAAAAGGCUUGUCCAGUGUGACAUCCCUUAUCAUCGGCUCCAAAGAAGCCAUCCUCUUCGAUCCUCCUUUCCUCAUCCCCGACGCCAAGGACACAGUAAUCUGGAUCAAACAAAAACUUCAGCCGGCAAAUCAAACCCUCAAAGCUGUGUUCGUCACACACCACCAUCCAGAUCACUUCUUCUCCGCAAAUCCAAUCCUCGAGGCAUUUCCCGAAGCUCGUUUCUUCGCUGCUCCUUAUGUUCUAGCGGGAAUCAAUAAGGAGUACGAUGACAAGGUGGUCUACUGGCCAUCUAUCUUUGGUAGAGAGAAUAUCCCCGAAAAGCCACGCAAACCGGAUUCGUUUGAGUAUACUUUUUUCGUGCUGGAUGGCAAUCCCGACUCGCCGGUCCACUUGUUGGGUCCUGUCCAGGGGGAUUCCGUAGAUCAUACUAUUUUCUGGCUACCGAAGGAGCGCACGCUGAUUUGUGGCGAUACUGUGUAUGCGCGUAGUACGCAUGUUUGGGUCGAAGAGGUCGAAACCGCCGCCCUUCUAGAAGCAUGGCAAAAAACAAUCCAACUAAUUGAGCAUCUCAACCCACUCAAACUUAUCCCGGGCCAUAUUGAAACAGGCUGGGAACCCGACGUAUCAGCGGACCUGGCCCAUAUGAAGAAAUAUCUCUCCCUGUUUGGCGACAAGGUCACAUUUGCAUCUCAAAAGGCCACUGUUGAUGAGCUUUACGAGUUUUUUAAGAACAGUUUCCCUGAAGCAAAGAAAAAUUUGGAGUUCUUUUUGGGGCAUUUAUCGAAUCAGUUUGGAGAGGGAGGGAAGGUGUGGGAGGAGAAUCGGCAUCAGGGUGCUGGGGAGAGGAAAAAAGAGUCUUUGCAGGGGUAUUGGUUUAGCUAG